AUGGAAAAAAGGUCAGUUCCUCUGCGCUCCCAAAAAACGCGUAGCGAAAACCAAUCCCGCUCCAAAACACCAGAUUCUCGUCCUCUUAAAGAAAAGGAAUAUCAAUUAGCUUGUGGAAGAAACAUCGUUGAGCAUUUGGCAAUAAAUUUUUAUAAAUACCCAGUAUCAUUACAAACACUUUUGAUUCCAGAUAUCAAAUCCUUUUGAAAUAUAAGUGAUUUUAUAUUUAAAAAAAUCGAUCCAUCAAUAUCUUGCACAAAUGACAAAGAAUUAAUAGAAAUUUUAAAAUGGCUGGGUUAUCCGUAUGCAAUAACAGGUCAAAUGCUCAAUGUAGCUCAAAAUUUUUGGCCUAAUUUAUUAGCUGUUUUAAGCUGGCUAGUAGAUCAUAUAAAAAAUACGUUUACAGAUGAAAUAAAAACUGAUUUAAAUAAAAGUGACCAAACAAUUUUUAAUGAAUAUUUAUAUGAAGCUUAUGAAUACCAAUUGCAAGACAGACCAAGAUUAGAACUUCAUAAAUCAUUAUUAGAGAAAUUCAAAGCAAAAGCAGAUGCAAUUAAUAAUCAAAAAUCCGAAAUUCAGCACAAAAUAGAUGAACUUGUGAGAGAAAAAAUGAGCUUGGAAGAAAACGAUUUAACUCUUUUAGAUUUUGAAAUUGAAGAGCUUGAAGUUGAAAGCAAAGAACUAAUAAAAGAUAAAGAUAAUAAAGAAAGGCUUAAAAACGAAUACAUAUAUACAAUCCAAAGCUGCUGGAACAUUUUGCUCAAUUAUUUUAAUGUCAAAUCCAUUAAUGAGACAUUAGUUUCAUCUUUAAAACAAAAAAUAAACUCUUAUCAAACCAGAUAUAUCCCACUUCUUGAAGAGCAGAUGUAUUAUGAGUCAGAAAUUAUGGAAAAGUCACAGGAGCUUGAAAACACUUCACUGUUAAUAGAAAAAGAAAAAAAAUCAGCCCAAGAAUUAGAUGUAAAAAUCCAAGAGGAGCUGGAAAAAUAUAAACAGACUAAUGGCUCAUUGAAAUCAGAAGUAAGCACUGUGAAGUUGGAAAUUGACAGUGAAAAAGAGAAUAUUGCAAAUUUUGAAAACCAAAGCAAGACGGAAAUCUCAAAGGUUACAGCUGUUAUCAGAGCUGACACAGAAGCUAUUUGUAAGCAUGCCCAAAGAAUUGCAGGAUGGCUACAAGAGUUAACGAUGAAUUUAUAA